AUGCUUCCGAAACAGUAUAGCUACUACUACCGCUACAUCCUAUAUGGGUUCAUUGCUUAUAAGACCUUUCAGUGAUACGACAAGCUGAAGGCGAUGCUGGCUCUGCAGCAGACCAAGAUGCAGCUGGUCUCUGAUAGGAGUAUUAAGCUGAAGCUUAGUACUGGAACAGAGGGACUGGACAUGGUGUCUUCGGAGCUGAUCCAGGAUGUGAUCAUGAAGAGGCUGGUUGAGAAUGAGGAUGGGCAAGGGAGUCAGAUGCCGGUCAGAGAGGAUGAUGAUGCUAUUAAUCUUUCGUAGGGGUUUCAGGCUAGAGUGA